GCAGUCUGGGUUCUUAGAAACGGGGGCCUGGCCGUGGUGGGGGGCCAGCCGCUCGCGGUAGUGCUCCCCACGGAGAGGGCAGAGCGGCGCAGGCAUAGUCUCCACCUUGAAGCUGCAGAACUCCUGGAGAGAGCUAGCAUCGGGAGGACCAUGGAUAAAGUCUGACCCUCUGACUAUAAAGUCCUCAAGACUUCACUGGAAGAAAGAAGAUGAAGACACAGCUCUUCUGUGUGAGUACUCCCACGUACCCCUAGGUGUACACCCACGUACCCCUAUUUGAGAAUCACUGGACUAAAACAUCAAAAUAACGACAACUUUGCAAAGCAGCAAGCAUGGAUUGGUAAAUAAACAAGGAAUUGAUCUCAAACAGAGGGACUUCAAGGUCCAGCAGCUGGGACUUCAGAGAGGACAGCUCAGCAGCCUCCUGGACAGGGAGACACAGUCGUCGUACAACCAUGACCACAGCGCCUGUCUUCUCCCACAGAGUUUUGGCUUUGUGUCGCUCAUGGACUGAAAAAGAGAAAAAGAGAGAGUUGGUCCUCAGUUCUGUCUCCCCCAGCACUUCCAGGUUUGCCCAUGCUGGCUUGGUCUGGAACCAGUCUGUGAAGGAGCUGAUGAGCUCUGCAACAAACAGGCUCACCGCCUUCAGGGCCUCAGUCACAGUCGCCAUUACCCUGAACACACCCCACAGGACCACCUGCAGACAAACAUGUCAGAAGAAUAUCUUUCAAAGUGCUGGUUGCUUCAGGUCAGUAGUUGCAGAGGCCCCGAGAUCACAUUUCACUUGUCAUGACUCAGAGCAAUGCUGCCCCCUGCAGGAGGUUGCCCCAACCUGACUGUAUCACAGCUGACAGAGCUGACCCACUUCUUUGACAGAAGGGGGGAGUAAACCCACAUUUAAGAUCUUCCUGCUCCUACCCAGAAAGCAUCACACCAUGAACCAAAGCUGACAACACAGAGAGAACAGCAGGAAUAUAAAGCAGACUUCAGAUCUCUCUGGACUGCUUGUUUGUGGGAACUGAGGAACCUUUUCUUCCUGAGAGUACUGAGUACCUGGCCUGGUAGAAAACAUGAGUGAUCUGAUGGACGAUGGCUCUUUCAUGUUCACGUCGGAGUCUGUAGGAGAGGGACAUCCAGACAAAAUCUGUGACCAGAUCAGUGAUGCUGUCCUGGAUGCUCACCUGAAGCAGGACCCAGACGCCAAAGUGGCCUGUGAGACGGUGUGUAAGACCGGCAUGGUGCUGCUCUGUGGGGAGAUCACAUCUCGAGCCGUCGUGGACUACCAGAGGGUGGUGAGGGACGCAAUCAAACACAUUGGCUACGACAACUCUGACAAAGGUUUUGACUACAAGACGUGUAACGUGCUGGUGGCUCUGGAGCAACAGAGUCCAGACAUAGCUCAGGGAGUCCAUGUUGACAGACGGGAGGAGGACAUUGGAGCAGGAGACCAGGGUCUGAUGUUUGGCUACGCCACAGAUGAGACAGAGGAGUGCAUGCCUCUCACCAUCGUCUUAGCCCACAAACUCAACUCAAAGAUGGCCGAGCUCAGACGCAACGGCAGCGUUCCCUGGCUACGUCCUGACUCUAAAACACAGGUGACAGUACAUUAUGAACAGAAGGACGGUGCUGUGAUCCCCAAGAGAGUUCACACCAUCGUGAUCUCUGUGCAGCAUGAUGACUGCAUCACUCUGGAGGAACAGAAGAAGGUCCUCAAGGAAAAGGUCAUCACCGCUGUGGUUCCUGCUAAAUAUCUGGACGACAAGACCGUCUACCAUCUCCAGCCCAGUGGUCGCUUUGUCAUUGGAGGACCCCAGGGUGAUGCUGGUGUGACAGGCAGGAAGAUCAUUGUAGACACAUAUGGAGGAUGGGGAGCUCACGGGGGCGGAGCUUUCUCUGGCAAAGACUUCUCAAAGGUGGACCGCUCCGCUGCUUAUGCUGCCCGCUGGGUUGCUAAGUCUCUGGUCAAAGCUAAACUGUGCAGGAGAGUAUUGGUUCAGGUGUCCUAUGCUAUUGGAGUAGCCCAUCCUCUCUCCAUCUCCUUGUUCACCUACGGUUCCUCCCAGAAAUCAGAGACAGAGCUGCUCCACAUCGUCAACAACAACUUUGAUCUGAGGCCAGGAGUCAUUGUUAGGGAACUGAAUCUGAAGAGGCCGAUCUACCAGCAGACAGCCUCUUACGGCCACUUUGGCCGACCAGAGUUUACUUGGGAGCAGCCUAAAAAGCUUGCCUACUAAAUACUCCACCUGCUCGUCCUGAUCGACUCGCCCAGAGGCUGAACAAGACGCCUCCACACGGGCUACAACCAGCCAGCUCUGUCAACAGAUAGGACAUUUUUUUAAUAGGAAGAACUUGAGCCAAAGUUAGGAAUAUAUCAGCUUUAAAGAAGUGAAAAGGUAGGGUUUUGCAGGAGUGGUUGUAGCCGAUGAACAUGUUAAGGGACAAUGAAGAGGACAUCUCAGUUUUCAAAUCCCCAAAUCUACAAAGCAUCCAAUUAUUGGUGCUCUAGGAAUAUUACCAGAUAAUGCAAGAGAACACAACUGCAAAAAGAAUCACUUCUACCCCACUGGAGGCAGAAAUGUAUACCUCAAAGCUGUGAUAGUUCCUCUCUAUGAUUAGUAUGAUGUACAGAAACAACCCUGGUGCUCUAUUUUUUUACAAGUACUUUUUAACAGCUAGUACUCCUGAUAAAGGGUCAUUCCUCUGUUCUCAGGGAUCUAUUUUCACUGAUCUUGUUAAAGAUUUGCAAAAGAAUAGAGAGAUGGAUAUUUUAAAUAAAGUUUUGUAGUGCCUAAAAACUUAAAAUUCAAUGAAAAGUUUCCCUGAUGUGUCUUAUUAACGUGUUAUUGUGAUGAGGAAUAUAACCCUGGGAACACAGUUAUGAUUUCAUUCUACCAUAUCAAUGUCAGAAUUGUAAUUAAUACUUAACAGAAAAUAGAAAACUUUGUCUUUUUGUCAUGACUGUGAAAAAAGUCUUACUUUGUAAUGUGUGCAGCUGUUUGCACUGUUACGAUCAGGUCAUUCUAACUUUUAGCAGCAUAUGUUACAACUCACCAUAAGUCACUUCAUCAGUCUUAAGCUGUCAUACUGCUCCUCUGUCCUCUCAUCAUGAUCUUGGCGUUGUUUGAUUUCAGUAUCAUGUCAGCACGUGUACCUUUAACUGUCUUCCUCUUAACCAGCAGUCCUGCUGCUGUGACUCGGUCUUUAAAUGUGACUGAAAAACAGAAAAUGUCUUAACUCACAUCGUCUCCUCUCUGUGCAAGCUUUUAGGACUUAAGAGUUUAGUGGACCACACGGAUGUCUUACGAUUGUUGCAUUGUAAUACCUUUUUAAUGCAAUAUCAGUGCUGAACUGAUGAGUGUAUCGUUUUAUACUUUCUGAUCCUUCUAUAUAUUUUAAAUUUGAGCAAGCUUUGGAAAGCAUAAUUCUUUCUUUCUUUCUUUGGAGACUGUUGACAGAUUGUACUGCAGCUUUAUAUAUUAGACAGAAAUCUGUGACUGUGGAUUUAAAAAUAAGGAGAAUUUAUUGAAGUAUUUCUAAAAGGGCAUUAAGACAUUUUGUAGUUAGCUUUGCUUAAUAAUAAAGCAUUACAUUAUUUCCCUCUGGAACACUUUGAAUGCAUUCAGGAGGUGUGAACAGUCUUCAAACUUUGUCUUUAGACGUCUAGGAUUUAGUGGUGAGCGUAACAGCCCUGCUUUCAUCUACAGCUCACAUUAUUUGUACGAGAGGUUUUCCUCUAUUUAAUGUGUUGAUCUGUGUCAUCUCCUGUCAACUUUGCUGGCAGAGAAACUGGACAAUGUAAAUAAUUAAACAAUAAAGAAAAUCCAAGAAAUAAA